CGUCAGCUGCCUCGCCUCAGGGCUCUCCCCUCGUGUGACGCAGUAGAAGUGCGUUUGGCGGUUUCAACCUCGCGACUCUCUGGUUUCGGAUAGCGCGUCCGCAUUGCGACAGGUGCGAGAAGCAGAAGCAACAAUGGCCGCGCGGUGCCGCAACGUCAGGCCACCGAUAUCGUGAGUGAAAGUUGGUGAAAGCAGUGGGAGCGGGCGCUGCCUCACGGCAGCCGCAGUAUGAAGAUGGUCAAGGUAGAGAUGCCAAUGCCCAACACUAUGGACAGCACCCACAGUGCAAACCAGCUGUGUGAGCACACCCGCUUGGACGAACUAUCCAUCAGCAUGCCUGCCGUGAGCACCACAAACAACUGCUCGUCGAGCAAUAACGCCAGUCUCAACGCGUCCACUGAGCCCGACUCUGAGGACAAGGUCGUGUCCACUACAAAGAAGUCUGGGGCGGGUGUGCGGAGACAGGAGAAGCCCCCGUAUUCGUACAUCGCCCUCAUAUUUAUGGCCAUCGAGAGCUCCCCUACCAAGCGAAUGACCCUCAACGAGAUAUACAACUUCCUUCAACAGCGGUUUGCCUUCUUUAGAGGACCCUAUCAAGGCUGGAAGAACUCGGUCAGGCACAACCUUUCUUUGAAUGAGUGCUUUGUCAAGCUACCCAAAGGACUUGGGCGCCCAGGGAAGGGCCACUACUGGACUAUCGAUCCCAGCAGCCAGCUCAUGUUCGAGGAGGGUUCCUUUCGGCGGAGACCCCGAGGAUUUCGGAGAAAAUGCCAGACCAUGAAGGCUUACACAACGUUCUACCCAACGCCUUCUAGCACAGGUCUCCUUCCUCCAACACCGUACGACCUACUCAGCCAACAGCAACACCAAGCCGGUGUCCUACCAGGUCAUGCUCAAGUUGCAACAAGCCACCACCAAGCCUACAUGUCCACCGACCCACAGUCGAUGAUGCCGUCUUCCACAGCGGCGCUGGCUCCCACGUCUCACUGUAGCUUUGCUUCUACAGGCCAGAACUCGCUAGGGCCAAUGAGUCACCACUACUUGGCCAAUUGCUCACUGCCGCAACCCAUGACACCCAUGUCCAGCGCUGGCUCUGGUGAUCUUCCCUUGAACUCGUCCAUGUACUCUGCCGCGGCUCCGAGCAUCUCCAUGGACACUAUGUCGGCGGCCUGGAGUAGCUGUCCGCCGCACCCGAGCGUUACACAUAGCUCGCAAUACAUCAAGCAGCCCCCGCCUAGCCCCGUGCCUAGCCCGGUGUCCCAGAUGCAGAGUCUGCCACCGGACCUAGGCCCUAUGUCUUACUCCUCGGGAUCGCCAAGCAUCCAUGGACAAUCGCUGUUAGGAAACACUGCGGACAGCAUGGACCUCGCUUUAGCAGGCAUGCGGUUCUCACACAGCGGUGGCAGUCCGUGCGAACGCAAGGUCUUCUCAACAGCGCCUUUCCCGACCACGCCUCUCUCGAGUUUGGGCAGCCUGAGCCCCGGCGCACCGACAUCCGCGCUGCCCCAGCCACUCUACUACGAGUCCAAGUACACCCUUUGAGACAGCUAGAGCAGCACCCGGCAACUGGGCCGCACAGCCCGCCAUUGUGGUGUAUAGUACGCGCACUACCCCACCCGCCCCUGUUGACGCUUUUAUCGGAAGCUUCUCUCGUACAUUGCUGUAAAAACGCAGAUUGUCGGCUUUGAAGGCGCAAGUUGGCAAUGGAGCGAGCAUCCUGAAUGGGCAAGUUGAUAUGGAUCGACAGAUGUGUGUAGCACGAGUAUAGAGCCUGGACGAAUGAAUUCAAAGACGAACACAAACACUAAUUUUAACUCGCCUAUUGUGAAUUAAUUACCCUCUGUAUGAGCAGCCAACACACAAAAGAAGCGAGAGAGACACAUGUAUAUAAGAGAAUGGGCAGCAUGAUAAAUAACGGUUUCUAUCUCACUUGCCUACAAAUCGCAAUUUUAUAAUUAUUUAAUUUUUGCUGAUAACGUACAGGAAUGAAGCAACUGAGGUACUGUUUCCCCCACUAUUUCCACAGCAACCCAUAUAUAACAGAACAGAACAGUUCAUAAAUGUUUUAGUUAUUGCACAGAAAACAUAGCCGUCUGUGCGAGUAUCGUUCGUCUCUUCCUUCGCUCGUGCACGUUCUGUGUUCGCGCUAUACACAUAGCUAUAGCAAAAGGUGCAGCUCGACUUCACAUGAGAGGCCGACAGGCGCAUGCCUUAAUCUGCACUGUUUACAGACGGCGCACUUAAUAAUUUUUUGUGCACGGUAUACGUUGGUUCAUGCAAACUUCGGACUUGACAGAAAUAAAUGGAGCAUAAAAUUCGCAGUGCUGCAACGUCCACCUGGAAGUCAGCGCAAUAAAUGAUGUUUCAGCAUUAGCACUACCGCAGUAGGAUUGGCGCGAUACCUUCCCGGUCACCGGCCAGCCACGACAUUGCUAUAGCGUGCUGUCUUCAACCCCAUCGCUGUUCGUACUUCUGGCGCGGCUAGCACAUAACCCCCACAGGAGCGGCUGCGUUAGACUGGUAGCACUGUGCUAAAACAUUCUGACUUUUGAAAAGCUAACCGCAACAAGAACAUUGCCCAAUUAUCGAAAGAAAUAAAAGGACGACCAAGAUUGUAUUAAGGCAUCCGCAAAGAAAAUUCCUGUUCUAAUGUUCUACAGCACAUUCUAACAGUAAUGUGAGAAGAGUAAUCAAAUUAGAAAGCCCAGUGUCUGGUCAUAACUAGACAAUGAGCUUCCUCAUUUCAUGUCUGGAACGAGAACCAAUGGGGGUUACCAUUUCCUUAACAGUGACAGCUUCGUUCUUUUAUUUGAUACAACUCGAGACUUCAGACUGCGCAAAUAAAGGGUCUGCGCUCUGCUCAAAACCGAUCCAACGUUAGUUCACGUCCGUACAUGCACCUCAAUGGCAAAUAUUUCUGCGGAUAUUUAAUAACCAUGUUAUAAAGAAACAGACUGCUUUAUUCUGCACACUGGCUUAUUUUUCGUCCCCUAAUGAAACUCUUCUGAAUUAUGGCUUUUCUGUUAUUUCGGGAAUAGAUUAUUCAGCUACAUAUCAUCUAGUCUAGAAGAAAAUUCAUGCUAGGCCGAAAAAGAAAAUGCGUCAACGAAUAUUCGCUAGAACCUUUUUAAAAUAAACAUUUCGGCUAGUUUUGUUAACUACAGUAAGAGAAAAUUUAGCUUUUAACCACGUCAUUUUGCUCGCCAUUCCACUAGUUAUUUAUUAGUUAUGAGUUAACAUUUUUACCGAUGCAGGUUCAAUUUUGAUAUUGCAGAGGGCAAGAACAAAUGUGUUACAUAGCUAAUUUCUUAAUUCUAGAAAGUACUGUCGCCAGUUCUUUCUUGUUUUUUGGUUUCAGCUGCAAGGAAUGUCCGUGAUACUAACAGAUCCCGAAGUACUUUCGACGUGCGCGGCUACCAGUCGUUGCCUCUAAGCAUUUUUAAUUUCAAUUGCUAGCAACACGCGUGAACAACGCUAAGAUCAGCCUCCUGUAGUAUACGGUUCACUUCAGCUAUUUCUCUAUAUUAUUAUUGCUGCUUAUCAGCGGUGGUGAGUCAAAACGUUGGGAAUCAAAAUUUUUAGCCUCUCUCGCAUAAUUUGAGCCAGAACACCAUAUUCUUGAAACAGCUUUACUAAUUAUUGCGUCGCGAAGCUAACAGACAAUAAAUAUAUAACUGCAAAUUCUCGGGAGCUUUCGAUUUCGAAAAAGGUAUUCGGAUCCUUCAGAUGCAAUUUUCUCGUAAACUAAGUAUUUUCUUGGCACAAAAGAAGCGUCGCAAAGUUUCUGGAACGGUAUUCAAACAGUCCACGUCAACUUGGUAUUUGCCUUUAGUGUCCCUUUAAGGUACUGCUGAAUCAAGAGGUGUCGAAUUUUGAAGAAAAAAGCAAUAUUCUCACAGAAACAUUACAAAUACGGUAGAGUCGAUCUUGACUUACGAUUUCGAGGGUAACAGAGAUUUGCACUUGAAUAGUGGCUUUCAGUUCUCGUUACACUUUCUAUAAGGAGCAUAAUACUAGGCGGAACACGUGUUUUCAUCCCCGUUACAAUCGCGUAAUAUGUCAACUGUAUUCACUUGUAUAAUUGAGGUGGUCAAAACUAAGAAGCAAGAAGUUUUCUGAAAACGACAAAAUUUCCUUUGUCUCCACAUGACAACACACCUUUUCUCCCUCUACUUCCUCUUUUUCCUUUCUGAAAGAAAGCCAAGAUUACGAAAUUCUUUAAUGUUGGAGGCUUCUAUCGAGCCGGCACUUCUAACACAACCGGUCGACUCAGACGCACAAAUGGCGAGGCUUCAUCGAGGGGCUGUAGUACUGACGCUGCUCUUUGUGCAGUUGCUUUAACAGGAAAAUAUAUGUGAGGAUAGCCUUAUGCAAGUGCCUUUUUAACUACAGCCGUAUAUAUGUUUGACCGGAAACGUAGAGGCUGAGUCGUCGGCCUAGCACAGACUGCUAUAGUAUGAAGGAGAUGGCAAGAGAAUUCAACGGCAAGAGAAUUAUCAAAGGUGUUGAUCUGCUCGGGUAUUGAAGCCAAUGUACGCAACACGUUUUCGGUGUUUUAUAUAAUGAUGAAAAAACAAAGCUGACCUCCGGAAAGUGUGCCCCUUGUCACCGUCAGUUUCGAUUUCCCAAGCUGCAAACACCGUGUGUUUCUUUUUUUAUCGCACGCUGGGGAGUCGGAAUAGCUUUAUUAUCUAUCAAACAUCGCUCACCCCCACUGUUAUAUUCAAAACGAAACGUGUUAUAGUAUUAAUGGAAGCAUGAUUGUCCAUUUGUGGCCAAGACGUUUCUCGUACUCCAAAAGCACUAGGUAAAACAAAUUUCUCGCCACUGUUAGGAGUGCAACACAUCUAGAAGGCAACGUAUCAGUAUAGAAGCGUAGUCCAACUGCUAUGUUUUUUUCUUUUGUUCUGCUGCGAAUUUCGCCAUGCCGUGCUGCACUGUGAUUGCACAGACCUGCAUAAUGUAUGAGAAAAAAACAGCUAGGCAUCGGCGUGCUUCCGUGCGACUGAACGAAAAGUAAAUGGGCUCCUUGUUUCGCCCUGCUGCCUCGAGUUGACUGGUGCUCCGUGCGCACGAACGUGUUGGACGGCUUUUAAAGCUUCACGCAGCCAGAAAUCAGUAGUGUAUAUUUUGAGGGCAACACAUACCUAGGAACCUCCAGUUGUUGUCAAGUGGCUCGAAGAUGUUAGUAUACUGCAAUGGUUGUUUAUUUAAGGAAGCACUAGUGUGUGUGUUCUUAAAACUGUUAGCUCCGGUGAAUGUUUAGUGUUGCGUUUUUUUUUAACUGCUGUCUGUCUUUCUUUUUCUGGAUGUAUAUUUAAAAAGCGGUAUAUGCUUACUUGUGCCACAAACAUUUCUAGACACAUCUAGUAGCUUCUUUAAAGAUGCUCUAAUAAACCAACCGCGUUAAAGAAGCAAUAAAAACUGUUUUGUGUUGCUCGCAUAUUGAAACCAGCCUCUUCAGCGCGCUUCCGUCAGUAUUUAUGCCAUUGGAUAGCUAUGAAACCAGAGAUCCGACGUUUUUGUUUAUUAUUAUUAUUAUUUCGUGUAUAGACUUUAUGCGUUCAUUCGUGCUUCGUUCCCCGUGGACCUUCCUAGAUCACUGAGUGAGUGUGACCAUGUGCAACGUGACAUUUUGUGAAUUAUUAUAUGUCAAGUCCUCGAGUCUAACCAAAGACUGAGUGAAUGAUGUUGCAUCAUGAAAAGCUUCGUUUAUUUUUAUUUUUUUGUUGCGAACAAUCGCCUGAUGACUUGGCUGUAAUAAAGUGAUCAGAAAUCCUAA